AUGGGUUCUCUGGAGAAGAGCAGCUCUCAAGUCCUGGCUGAGGCCCUGGUUGAUGCCCACCAGAACUAUACCACCAAAAAUCCUCUAUCAAAGGCCCAGAAUGAACGGGCUUGCGAAUAUCUCCCAGGAGGCAACACUCGCACCGUCCUUCACACAACGCCAUUCCCACUCACAAUGUCAUCUGGGUCUGGUCCAACUUUGACCACCCUCGAUGGAGACACAUAUCUCGAUUUCCUCGGUGAAUACACUGCUGGAAUUUAUGGCCACAACCACCCUGCCAUCAAGUCGGCUAUCUCCACUGCCGUUGAGUCAGGGUGGAAUUACGGUGCCCAUAAUGCGUAUGAAGCCGAGUUUGCCCAACUCAUUGUAUCCCGUUUCCCAGCGCUGGAGCUGGUCCGGUUCGUCAACUCGGGCACCGAGGCUAACAUGAUGGCAUUGGCCACUGCUCUUGCAUACACUGAUAAAACACAAGUUCUCCUAUUCACCAAAGGAUACCACGGCUCCACCAUCUCCGGUCGCACACCUUCGACGAAGAAGUCGAUCAAUCUGCCUCACAAUUUUCUGGUUGGGACAUACAACGAUGUUGCUGGGACUGAGUCACUCGUUUCGUCGCUGGACAACCCCAAGGAAUCUCUAGCUGCCAUCCUCGUCGAGCCCAUGCUAGGCUCCGGUGGUUGCUAUGCAGCCACCCGCGACUUCUUGCACACACUGCGCCGACUGGCCACAGAGAAUAAUGCCCUGUUGAUCUUUGACGAGGUCAUGACCUCUCGUUUGUCGUACAACGGCCUGGGCGCCACCACGGGAGUGACACCAGAUCUAAUGACCUUGGGCAAAUGGGUCGGUGGCGGCAUGUCGUUUGGCCUAUUUGGCGGCAAACGUGAAAUUAUGCAGUUAUACGAUCCACGGUCUGGCCGGCUCGAGCAUCCGGGCACGUUCAACAACAAUGUCUUUACGACCAGAGCAGGCAUUGCCGGGUGUCAGUUGUUGACCCAAGACGUGGUUGACACGCUGAACAAGACGGGCGAGUUGAUGACUAGCCGUGUGGAGGAGGUCUUGACCAGCUACGGAAUCAGCGGCACAAUCCCAACGCAGCCCAUCCUGGACGACAGCCUCCACUCUGUCUCGCACCCAGAUCGACCACCCAAGAUGUUUAUCAAAGGAGUGGGCAGUCUAAUGGCAAUCCAUUUUGCAGGCCCUGAUCGCGAUGUGUUGCAGGGCUUGUUCUAUCAUGCCAUGCUGGACCGUGGAAUCUACCUAGCUCAAAGAGGAUUUAUUGCUCUCAACAUUUUGAUCACUGAGGAACACGUCGCUAAAUUCGUCGCUGCUUUGGAAGACUUUGUCAAUAGCUGGGCCAAAGCGUUACGCUGGUAGGCCCGAGAGGACUAGUAAUGCACAACUCACAAGAGUCAAUGAUGAAAAAUGCUGUGUGACGAAUUCUCGCCGGCAAUUGC